AUGGGCUGUGGGAAUAGUAAGGUGCUGCCUGAGGCAUCCAAGAAAGGCUAUGUAAGUGUGGUGCAAUCGCUUGUGGCCUUUAGGAAAGCACACGGUGAUGAUGAUGACGAUGAGCCAAAGAAGCAUGCAGAGAAGCAAAGAGGUCUGUGGUUUUCCACCAGCGUUAAGAAUCCUCAACCAGCAUCAAACAGCCAGGUACUCAGAGACGGACGACACCAGGACAGAGUUGCAAAGUAUAAGGACAAGUUUGAUCCACGUGUGACAGCAAGAUACGACAUCAAGGCUCUGAUCGGUCGAGGAAGCUUCAGCCGUGUUGUGCGCGUGGAGCACAGGGCGACUUGCCAGCCCUUUGCCAUUAAAAUGAUGGAGGUAGAGGCCCCAGAGGGCCGCGAGGUGUGCGCCUCGGAGCUGGCAGUGCUGCAGAGGGUGAGCCACUCUAAUGUGAUUCAGCUGAUCGAGGUGUUCCAGUUCCCCCAGCGGGUUUACAUGGUGCUGGAGCUGGCCACAGGUGGCGAGCUGUUGGACCGUGUCGUCUGCAGGGGCCACUUCACAGAGAGGGACGCUACCCAGGCCCUUCGAAUGGUACUGGCUGGGGUGGGAUACCUGCACAACCUGGGUAUCACCCACAGAGACUUGAAGCCUGAGAAUCUACUGUACUACCACCCCGGGGCUGACUCCAGGCUGCUUGUGACCGACUUUGGGCUGGCCACUUUUGGCGGCACAGGGUCUGAGGUCUCAGGGUCUGACAGAAUGGGAGAUCAAAGAGCAGAAAGGACUUGGUCCCUCAAAACCACUUGUGGAACCCCUGAGUACAUGGCCCCUGAGGUGUUGCUGAGGAAACCCUAUUCCUGUGCAGUGGACAUGUGGGCCCUGGGGGUGAUCGCCUACAUUGUGCUGAGUGGAUCCAUGCCGUUUGAGGACGACAGUCGCACGCGGCUCUACAGAUCCAUUGUGAGAGGAAAAUACAGCUUCCAUGGAGAUCCUUGGCCCUCAGUGUCUAACCUAGCCAAGGACUUCAUCCAGUGCCUGCUGCCGUCAGACCCGGCCGCCCGCUUGACCGCCGACCAAGCCAUUUGUCACCCCUGGGUGGUCACCAUGGCAGCCAGCUCCUCCAUGAGGAACCUCCAUCGAUCUAUUUCUCAGAACCUCAGGCAGAGGGCCUCACGCAGCUCCUCCCGGUGCCCGAGCAGCACCGUGAGCUCAGGCGGUUUCCGGUCCGGGAAGGCUAAUAUCGUUGGAGGGAAACCAAGAGCGGCAGCAGGGCAGAGCAUCUGGACUGACUCUGCCUCAGAGAGCCAUACAACAUCUAGCCAGAGGCUUCCAGGAGCAUCAUCACCAUCCAAAUAA